AUGCCUGACCUCGGAUUUGAUCCACUCAACCGCGAGCCGCCAGCCACUCAACUGGUCUCAUCGUUCCUCACAACAAAAGAUGCCUACGACCGCAACCACGGGGGUAUACCAGAGAUUGAUGCUUCGAAACACCACGUCCGUGUAGAUGGAGCAGUGCAGAAUAUACUCGAUCUUUCCAUAUCUGAUCUGGAAGCAUUACCUCAACAUACUGUUGUCUCUGCCCUUCAAUGUGCUGGUAUCAGAAGACAUACCAUGCGCACAGCUAUCAAAGAAGUCCAAGGUAUCGACUGGUUUGAUGGAGCUGUCAUGAACUGCAAAUGGCGAGGACCGAGGUUGAAGGACAUCUUGGAAAAGGCACAGGUCAUUCUUACCAAGGAAGAGAAUGGCCAUGUGGCUUUUGCAAGCCAUGUACAACCCUGCCAGGAGGAUGAGUGGUACGGAGCUUCGAUAGAUCUUGAGAGAGCGUUGGAAGAAGACAAAGACGUGAUAUUGGCACUCGAGAUGAACGGAAAGCCACUCACCAAAGAACAUGGAUAUCCUGUUCGAGUUGUGGUGCCCGGAAUUGCUGGUGCUCGAAGUGUGAAGUGGCUGGAUCGCAUCACAGUACAAACAGUCGAGAGCUCAAAUUACUAUCAGCAACACGACUACAAGAUCCUUCCGCCGGAAGCGGUGGAUAGCGAAACAGCAGAGAAGUUUUGGGACACGACCCCAGCACUCCAAACCAUGCCGAUCAACAGUGCGAUUGCUAUACCAGAGACUGGAUCGAAAGUGGAGAGGUCAGCAGAAGGUGAGGUAACAGUCAAGGGAUUUGCUCUGCCUAGUGGAGACGGUGGAGCUGUAGUCAAGGUCGAAGUGUCAGGAGAUGAAGGAAAGACAUGGGCCGAAGCAGAAUUGGAGCAUAAUGCAGACGAGAGCAGGUGGUCGUGGAGAUUGUGGAAGGCAAGCGUCAAGAUGGAGGCAGGGAAAGGGUUGAGUAUAUACAGCAGAGCUACGGAUGCGAGCGGACAAACACAGCCGAAGAGAUCGGAGUGGAAUUUGAGAGGAGUAGCGUAUAAUGGAUAUGGAGAGACGACGGACAUCGAGAUUGUGUAG